AUUACCCCUCCCUCGCAUUCUCUUUCCCGUUCCCCUUGUUAUAAAUAUAGCUGUCCUACCCUCUGUCCCCCACGUUUUCCCCAAAAAAUACUCGCCCGAGCUAAAACUAUAAACCUCACCCGUCCUCUCCUUUUCGAUCCCUCUUCUCUUCCUAAUUCCGACCUCUCAUUUUCCCGAUAUAAUUAUAAUAAUAAUAAUUUUAAAUUUUAAAACUUUUAAUUUAAUAGGUGGUGCACUUAUUAAUUAUACCUAGUCGAUCGUUGUCGGAGCAGGAGGAAAAGCGAGGGGGAAGGGAAGGGGGGGGGGAUGAGAGGGAUAACGUACUGGCUCGCGGAGCACCCGGCCAUCGUGGGGUUCCGGUGGAGCCACGCGCAGUCGUGGGGCUCGACGUGGUCGUUCCUCAUCUCCUCCCUGGCGCUCUGUGUCGUGGCGGCGGCCGCCCUCCACCUCGCCCUCUGCGUCCUCCUCCGGCACCGGCGAGUCCCCCUGGGCCCGGUCCCGGCCCUCCACUCCCUGGUGAUGGCGCUCGCCUCGGGGGCCAUCUUCCUCGGCACGCUCCUCUCGGCGCUCGCGGAGAUCCGCGACUCGCGGUGGGCGUGGCGCGGGCGCAGCCGGAACAGCCCGCUGCAGUGGCUGCUCUGCUUCCCGCUGGGCACCCGGCCCUCGGGGCGCGUCUUCUUCUGGUCCUACGCCUUCUACCUCUCCCGGUUCCUCCACCUCCUGCGCGCCUUCUUCGCCAUCCUGCGCCGCGCCCCCAACCCGCUGGCCCGCGUCUUCUCCCACUGCGCCCUCGUCGCCAUGUCCUUCCUCUGGCUCGAGUUCUCCCAGUCCUUCCAGGUCCCCGCCAUCCUCGCCGCCACCCUCGCCCACGCCGUCGUCUUCGGCUACCGCUUCUGGGUCGGGGUCGGCCUCCCCGUCGCCCCCUCCGUCCCCGUCGUCCUCGGGUGCCAGCUCGCGCUGCUCUGUUGCAACCUCGUGUGCCACGUCGGCGUCCUCUUCUUCCACUUCGGCAAGGGAGGAUGCAACGGCAUCGGCGCCUGGGUCUUCAACUCCGUCCUCAACGGGGCGCUCCUCUGGGUCUUCCUCGUCUGCUACGCCAGGAAAUCCGACGGCCGCGUGGUGGAUCGAUCCGGGCCGUCCGUGUCGCAGGAUGAGAGCAAGAAGGAGCGGUGAGGAUUAACUUGGUCGUCAUGCGUCCGUGUAUAGUAGGUGUACGAGAGAGGGAAAUCGUCGUCUACCCCGGUAAGCCUUUUGCAGAGCCGCCCACGAAUAAUGACAAUAUAUAUACAUGUUUCCAUGAGAUACAGACAAAUAAUUAGAUAAAUUAGGGAGGAAAUUAUAGUGGGAUCUUUGUGCGGAGCAAAAAGAAAGGGCACCUUGUAUAGAUGAGAAAUCAUAUAUAAUAUAUAACUUCUUUCUUUUCCCAUUGAUAUA